UGUCGCUAGCAGAAUAGUGUGCUCCUACUUCGACACGGUUGAGAUGUGUCUGUCUCCGGGUGGGUAGGUGUUGUGUCCGAACCUGUGCUGAUUAUGUGUGACUGUAGAGUGUAUCUGAAUGUAUUUAGACGAUUAGGCAAGCCUACAUAUCCGAUACAAUCAUUUCAGCCUAAUACCACGGACAGUAUGAACGAUUCUAUAUUGUAUAAAUACAGUACAUUACGCAUGGACUUCCGCGGUCUCAUUGAAGGACAUUAGGAGAGCAACUGGACAUCAGACCUCAUCAUGUCUACGUCGGCAACGAACAAAUCCGGUACACUCCUUAAGGACAAGAAAUGCAAGCAAAGGAAAUUCCAAUCAUUUCUUUUCUACCAGGCGGUGCGGGACCUAAAGCCUGUUUGGAUGUUGGAAGACAUGCGGACAAUGGAGACGUUUUACUGGGAAGAAGAUGCAAGCCAGAGAUCAUACACUCCUUCAGAAGCAUUACUGUACGCUAUCGUUCAUGACCAUCAAGCCUACGCUCAAUACUUGCUUAGUCACUACACUGAUGAAGCGCUGGCAAUGCCCGGCGAGCGCUUUUGUUGCUGUCCAUCCUCGGCUCCACAUUUGGCAAUGACUGUCAGGUAUGACAGGCGGGACAUACUGGGUCUCAUAUUGCAAGAAUCGCAUCGACUACCAAGUCUGCGAUCUUAUAUGAACCCAGGCGGAUGUUUUCACAUGGAGGACGGUAAAACCCCACUACAUCUAGCCUGUGAGCUCCUGCGAUCAGAGGCAGUUAUUCUUUUACUGGGCAAUGGCGCCUCGCCACAGGCGGAGGAUCACAACGGUAUGACGCCACUUGAUGUGAUUUUGGAACAGCUGUGGGACUCAAAAGUGAACAUUGGUCCCAAAAAGCUUUGUCUUGACAACUUGUUAAUGUUUAUGCCCGAGAUUCGAUUCAAAAUGAAGAGUGCGCUCGAAGGAGACCCUGUUUGUUGGUCUAAAGUUCUUGGCGAGGACACAUUCAAAUAUCUCGUUGGACAGAAACCAGCUCCACUGUUUCUCAUUGCUAUGCAAAAAAUUCUGAGGCUGCUUCCCCCAGAGCAAUUCCCUAACAGCCUGGACGAGCUUCCCAUACCAUCCUCGUUGAAACCACUACCUUGCAAACAGCUUGGGCAGCUGAAAGUGUUUUAAACUUUUGAAAUACAUUUUAGAACUGUCUUAACUUGAUGUAUUUAUUGACAUAUAAUAUUGUUUUAGCAUGACUGAUCGAGGUGUGAUGAGCAUGUAGGUCGUUUGUAUAAUUUUAUCAAUUUAAAUCCCUGUAUGAAAUCAGGAGACUAUAUGAAUGGGUGCUAGUCCUGAUCACUUCUGUGAUUCAAUAUCAAUAUGAAAUUGGAGAUAUUUGUGGAAAUUGUGUUUAAAAAAAAAAAAAACUUUCUAUGAGUUGUAUGCAAAUGUCAGAUUGGAGUGUACAGUAGGCUAUAACAAUAUAUUUUGUUCCAGCGCAGAAA